AUCCGUAAUCUGUGGUUCACAAUUUCGGUUGUAAACAAACUACAAAGAGCAUUUUCCUAUUAUAAAUUAUAAUGUUAGUUAAUAGAUAAAAAUAUAUUUAUUGUGAUUUAUCCUACAAUAAUGGUCAGGAAACGGAAAGUGAAUAAGCUCUCUAGUAGAGGUGCAAUUGGGGAUCCUAAAUUCCAAUAUAAAUGUUAUGUUCUGCUGAAAAAUUGUGAUUUUUCUAAAUAUACCAGUAUCAUCCCUGACACAACGCAGUUACCCUUGAACAAUUCAAAAUUAUGUGUUGGAAAUGCCAAUAUGAAUUUUAAUCAAUUAGAAAUGCAAGAGAAAAAUCGAACAACAGUACAGUCAAAGAUUAUAUCAAUUAAUACCAACAGCAAUAUAACACAGCAGAUAAAUAAAACAUUACCUGAAGAAUCAACCGAAAAUUUGGAAAUGACUGUUGAUAGGAAGAAGAAAAUGUUGAGGUCCAGAAAAAAAGUGGAUUAUAGGGAAAAAAAAUCUAUUGGUACCCCAAAUUUGGACCAAAUAAUACCAUUUGUAGAAAACAACAAGAUUCCUGUUUAUAAUAAAGUGGAAUUCAAUUCACCAAAAUGUAGGAAAAGAAAAUGUGAUUUAUACGAUUUUGUAGUAGAGUCAGAAGAUGAUAAGGAUUCUGAUGUUAGCUUUAAAAUUAAUAUUCCUACUAAAAAAAAGAAAAUAUGCCAUAGAGUCCAAACACAUUCAAAAAAGGUGGAUUGUGUGAAAAGAAAUAAAACUGUAAAUUAUAAUGAUAAAAUUAGAGGAAUCAUAACCAAGUUCACCCAGAAAAUUAAAUUUAAAGAAGGAAACAAUAUUCCAAAUCAAAUGAAUGAACUCUCCAAUAAUGAAGAAAAUGAUUUCCAAAUUGAAAGUAAUAAUAAAAGAGUUUCAAAUUCUGUCUUUAAUUCUACAAUGUUUCCUGAGUCGCAGAGUAAAAUAUUAUUUUCAGAAGAAUCUUUCAAGGUUAAUGGAUGUAAUGGUAGUAAUAUAAAGAUGAAAACUAUGGAGACUGGAAAAAUCAAUAAAACCCAAUCAGUGUGUAUUCCUUUGAUUGGGAAUUCUAGUUUCAAUGUUGACUCUCCAAACUCGCCUUCAUCCAAUUCUCUCUAUAUUUCAAGUUCACCUUCGUCCAAUUUUUCCGAUAAUCCAAUCUUCGAAUCAUUCAAUGGUACUAUUGAUAAUCUCUUUGGAUUCAUGGAAGAUAUAGAAAAAGAUGGGCAGAAAGAGGCUACGAAUCAAAUCCAUAUUAUACAAAAUAUGGUAAUAAAUGGAUCCUCUUCACCUAGGCCAUAUAUGUCAACUCCCAAUAGGACCAAGGAAUCUUGGAGAUUUGAUUCAUACAUUAACAGAAACCCACAUUUUCUUGCUAUAAAAAAAAAUUCUUUGCCAUCUCUCAAUCAGGAUCCAGUAUUAGAUCAUACCUUUGAAGAACAUAUUAAUAUGGUUAAUAAAAUAGCAUCAGUUCAUUCUAAUAAAAAAUCAUCAAGACAGAUGAGUAUACUAAACUAUGUUGAAGGAGCUAAGAUUGAUACCGAAAAUCAUAAUUAUUCACAAAGCUUAUAUGAUGUUGAUGAAUUCAGCCCAAUCAAAAACAAAAAAGCGGAUAAAGAAAAUUCAUUACAGAAAAAAAAAUUGAGCAAGGAAAAUCAAAGUGUUAAAAGAAAUGUCUUAGGAGUCAUUAAUGAUGCUAAUACAAAAAAUAUUACUCCUCCAUUCAAUAACGUUGGUUCUUGUGAGAAAAUAAAAGAUAUCAAUGAAAUGAACAAAACUUCAGAGAAUUUUGGUUUUGAUAUAGCUUCAGAACUUGAGGAACCAGAAAAAACUGUUGAAAGAGAAGCAAGACCAUUCAGAAUAGAAUUCACAUACCAGAAACGUGCCAAAAACAAACAAUUUUUAGAUAAGAUAACAAAACCAGUCAGAGAUUCUGAAGUAAGAAGGCUAAUUGAAGAAGAUCCUGGAUUUGAGGAGGUAGUGAAUCAAGAUGGUUUAGAUUGUGGAAGUUUAGGUUUGUUCGAAGAUCCUGAAGAAACUUUGAAACCCUCUUCGCCCAAUGUCAAGCUUCAUGUCAAAAAGAAAAUAGCUAAAGAUAAUAAGGGUAAACCACCACAGGAAAAACUUAGUAAAGAAGCACAAAAGUGGAUAAAACAGUUCAAUCAGAUGUGUGAUGAAGUAGACCACGAGCAGCUUGAAGUUGAAUAUUGAAUGGACAACAGUAGUUUCUGUUACUAUUUAAUUAUUAUUUAUAAUUAUUUUUGUUAUAGGUAGGUUUUAUGAAAACAAGAUUUUUUUAUUCAAAUAUUCCUGACUUAAUUAUCCUAAAUUUUGUUUUUAAUCUGACUAAACUAUUUUAUUAUGAACUGAAAUGUUGUUACACCUAACCCAGUGAUAAUUGAAUGUUUUGAGAUUGCUAUAACAAUUGCAUUAGAUAAUUAGAUAUAUAGGAUAUAAUACAAAAUGUAAGAGCCUUUGUAAACAUUGAUAGAAAUUAUUGGUAUUUCGGUUUGUUACACAUUAGCUCUUUAUAAUUAAUAAUUGCAAUAUACAAGACCAUUAUUUGAUGCCUAAAAACUCUCUUAUAUUUGAUAUCAAAUUCUUUAUAUUGAGUAAUGCAAUUGUAUGAACAAUAUCAUAAUAUCCAACCAUUAAUGUUUAUAUACCUUAGGUGCAACAUACUAGAAGUUUAGUAAAUUCUACUAUCAUUGCCUAGGAUCCCUCUUAUUCAUAUGCCUAGUCUUAUGAUUCAGGAUUUUUAAACAUAUUUUUGAACUGUUGGCAAUCGUUUUACAGAUGAUUUUAUGAAACCAACCACUUAAAUGUUUUUAUAGAUGGUGUUGAAAAGGAAAUCCACCUCUUGUGCUAUAAUAUUAUUUAACUUGACUUCUGUAUUUGUUUUUAGUUUAUGUUUUUAUUUCUUACAUCUUAAUGAUAGUUUAACUAGUGUUUUAUACCUAAGAACAAAACAAAAUCACUACCUAUAUUUAUACCUCAUUAUAUAUCACAUUGUAAAUUUAUUUUGCCGAAUAUACAUAUUGAUUUGUU